AUGGCCGACCUUCUAGAGGAAGACCCAACCUCCGGGAUUCAAUCCUCGGAGGAGGUUGAGGAGGAAGAGGAAGAGGAAGAAAUCCCAGUGGAAUCAUUGGUCCGAGGACGAGCAAAACGAAGCACCGCAGGACGGCACAUGUCCGCUCUCCUUGAAGCCGCCGCAGAUGACGACCUAGCACUUCUCUUCGAGGAAGUGGAAGAUGACAACGAAUUUGCGGAUUUGGUUGAUCCUGACGCGGAGGAUGACGUGGGUCUCGAAUCCUCAGACGACGAAGACGACCAAGGACCGAAUGCACAGAAUGAUUACGAAGGCGAACAGCAACUACAGAAGGAGGAGCGCAAAAAGCGCAAGACGCAAAACGACCUCAAGUUCCAAACCUUGCGCAAACGAGUCAAGAUCGAUCCGACCGCCGUAUCUUCCAUGCCCGCAGCGCCGCGCCCGAAGAAGAAAUCAGAGCGCAUCUCGUGGAUUCCCACCACGGAAGACGGACCGACUCGCCAGUCAUCUCGUCGGCAAACAAUGGUCAACAAGGAGCUAACGCAUGCUCGCUUGAAAGACAGCCAGGAGAAGCGAGUGCGCAUCAUCGCUACAAUGAAGGAGGCAGAGAAGCGGAAGGCCCAUCUGAAGCCAAAGGCUAUGACACAGGAAGAUCACCUUGCGGAGGCUGCAAGAAUUGAACGGCUCAACAGCAAAAGUCUCAACCGCUGGGAGCUAUCAGAAAAGAGAAAGGCAGACGAAAGACGGGCCAGGAUCGAAGCACUCCAGAACCGCCGUCUUGACGGUCCAGUCAUAUCCUAUUGGAGUGGAGUUGCUACUUUUACUAAUGGACGUCUCACGCGAGUUGGCACAGUCGACAUCAAACCCAAGCCGGACAAAGAGGAGGCCCGGAAAAGGAAGAAGGAGAAGGAAGAUAAAGAAAAGGCUGCUGCAGAUCUACGCGCAUUGCAGUCUGCUGCUCCUAUCGCCGAGGGAAAUAUGUUACCUCCAGCCACUGGGCCUGCAUCUGCCGCUCUUCCAGCCACAUCACAGCUACUGCCCAAUUCCACUCCAACUGUGGUUGCUGCUGCCCCGGGCUCCUCAGCCCCACCUGACCCCGAGGCCCCGUCAGAUCCAAAGCCAUUCAAAGAGACUAUUCCUUCUGAAAAUGCCACUGUUUCGGUUCCAGGGGCAUAUGAUGGCACUACUGAUACCCCUGUAGCCUCUGAGGGGGCGAGUGCCAGUGAGCCAAGUGCAACAACAUCCGGUACGAAGGCAUCCGCGGCGGUGCCUCCUGACCAGGGAAAAGAGAGCCAUGCGGAGGAAUCUCUGGCGCAGGAAACUUCAUCGGACCUUCCUUCCGUGCAGGAUAAGGAACUUUCUCCUGCGCAAGAUAAGGUGCUUCUUUCAGCGCAAGAUAAGCCCGUGGAAGAGGGACCCUCAGAGCCCGCACCAGAACAACGGCCAGCAGCACCGAUAAAGCGCGCAUCGUUUGCGGUAGAGAUUACAGUUCCCCGCCAUUUAGCACAAUCUAGCAAAAGCCCUGCGGAGAAGCCGCCCGUGCCGUCUUCUACCAAGACCGAUGAGAUGGAGAUCGAUUCCCCCGCAUCGGCUGCAGCGGCUACAAAAGGUCCGGGUGCUGAAGAAUCAAUGACCAAAUCCCAAUCGGCCACGCCAGAUGUGGCAGGUGCCCAACCUAAUGUGACUGAAAUCCCCAAACCGCAUGUUGAACCAACUGCAACGACAUCGCUGGACGAUUCCCGGCCUAUUGAUAAGGUCACGCCUAUCGAUGCUGGAGGGGCACUGGCCCCUCAUGCCGCGCCGGCCGCCGUGGUACCUACUCAAGCCACGCUGCCCGAAAGCGCCCUCCCUCCGAGCCUAAACCAACCGUUCACGUUACAGCCCGGAUUGCAACCGCCGAAUGUGAAGAUCGAACAACCCGCGCAACCCGAAGUACCACCACCUCCUCCAAUUGUCGAGACGGCAGGACGCACUCUCACGAUCUUGGAAAACUUCGAUUAUGCAACAGCGCAAAAGCCAAAGUACAGCAUGUACUUCAAUGCCAAAAAGCCACCCCGGUUGACUAAAAUCUCGUCAUCCCUUUGCGUCAUCACUUCAUUGCCAUCGCGAUACCGCGACCCGGAGACCGGUCUACCUUACGCCAACUCCUACGCCUAUGGGCAAAUCCGCCGUCUCAUCACCGAAGGGUACAUCUGGAGUGCGAUGUUGGGAUGUUUCGUUGGCCCGGCCGAGGCAGCUCGUGGAGUCCCUGAGCGAUUUUCAUUUGCCAGUAAGCAUGCCCCAGCCAGGGUUUUAACAGACCGAGAUGGCCUGGCCGAGCCGAUUGCAGAGACCCCGAAGGCAUCUGCUGGUGAUACUCCCUCUACCCCUACCCCGGCGACUAAACCGCCACAAGCGCCUCAAUCAGCGCUUUCAGGGGAGCCAAUGAAGAUUGAUUAA